AUGGCUGGAAUGUCCCUGCCUCCUGGGUUUCGUUUUCAUCCUACAGAUGUUGAGCUGGUUAUGGUAUCAUUUGAGAUGUUUCAAUUGGCAGUUGAUAGGUUGACACAAUUUUUCUUUUCAGGAAAAUCUUGCUUGAGAAGUAAGGAUCUUGAAUGGUACUUCUUUUGUCCAAUAGAGAGAAAAUAUGCAAGUGGCGCAAGAAUCAAUCGUAAAACUGAAUUUGGAUUUUGGAAAUCCACUGGUAAAGAUAGGCCUGUUGUUUAUAAAGAACAAACAGUGGGAAUGGUGAAGACUUUGGUUUUCCACAAGGGUCAUGCACCUAACGGGGACAGGACAGAUUGGGUUAUACAUGAGUAUAGAUUGUCAGAUGCAGGAGUUAUUCAGGUGUUUCCUUUGUUUAUGUUCUAG